AUGUCUUCAGCGAGCACCCGCGCGGCCACGAGAUGGGUCACCAGGAUCAUUCCUGUCGUACUGGCUGGUUGCGUUGGAUUCGCAACAUAUGUGGUAAUCAAACGCAUCUGUCUGGACUAUUUCCUCCAUACCCGAAGCCGGCCAUCAACUGCUAUAGCCCUCCUUGUCCCAUAUUCUGUCCUCCUAGUCCUCAUGUCCGCCACAUAUCUACGAUUGUUACUGGUAGUCGCGCUCGACCCUGGCGUUGUGCCCCUGGGCCCGGAUGCGGCGGUUGCGCCGGGUGGGAGAAGAAAGCGGAGAGGACGCAAGUCUGCCUCGCGGCACGACGAUAUCGAAGCACACCCAUACGAGCCCGGCCCAGACACCAACCCGGACAGCCCGGGUCUGGAGCGAUUUUAUAGCAAGGAGGUCUUCGUUUGCGACUACGACGGACGGCCUCGCUACUGCAGCGCAUGCCGGACCUGGAAACCCGACAGAGUGCACCACAGCAGCGAGAUCAACAGAUGCGUGCGCAAAAUGGACCAUUUCUGCCCAUGGGUCGGAGGCAUCGUAUCAGAAACUUCUUUCAAGUUCUUUGUUCAGUUCACGUUCUACACAACGCUCUACUGUGCGGUCUGCAUGGUCGCAGCUAUACUCUGCCUGACCGACCAACUACUCGAGAGCCGCCUCGAUGGCACCGUUAUUGCCAUCAUCGCCAUGGGGGCAUUCUUUGGGCUGUUCACCUUCGGCAUGACGGCGACUUCCCUACGCUACAUAUUUAAAAACCUAACAACCGUCGACAUUCUCAGACAAAAGUCCGCCGUGUACCAGCUUGCCGUCCGGGUGCCGCAGGACACCCCACCUACCCCAGAUUAUGGCACCAUCGUCUAUCCGCUGCCAAAACCCGGAGAUCGGGGAGGAACGGGCAGGGAUGGGCCGAGCUCGUCUCGCGAUCGCCUCGCGACACGAACGUUCGCCAUCGUCAGGACGGACGUAGGCGAAAACCCGUGGGACCUGGGCCUGUCCGGCAACUGGGUCUCGGUUAUGGGCACGAAUCCCCUGGAUUGGCUCCUGCCGGUGCGCCCAUCACCAUGUGUACACGACGAAAAUGACCAGAGCUUCUACCGGAUGGGCCCCCUGUGUGAUACGCUUCGCUCAAGGUACCGUCUGCCAAGUGUGCCGCAGGAUGGGAAAGGAGGUGUUGAGAUGGGGCAGCUGCCUGGGCGGUAUUCUCCUGGGAGCGGCGAGGGUUUGGAUAGGUAG